AUGAGCUCGGGUCCUCUCAAAUCCGGUCCGUCUGCAAGACUCGGCCAAGGAUCUCAUCCCGCAGGUCCAGGCAACAACCAGUCAUUGCUGCUCGAUAAGUUGCACGCAAGGACAUCCACGCCUGAUUCCGAGGCUCUUGCUAGCUCAGACGACGAAGGCGACCACCGAUACGAAUCUGGGCAAGUAGCUUCGCAGGCUACAUCCCAACCACCCAGGCCCGUUCGACGACCUUCGUGGUUAAACGAAACCUCUCAAACUCUAGGCCGUCCUCGCAGGGGCUCUAUUGCUAGCAACUCAAUGUCUCCAACUACCUCGCAUCCCAGUACGCCAUCCGGUGAAGCUGGUGCAGGAGCGUGGGGAUCUCACCCAACCUCAUCCGUGAUGGGCCGAGGAACAGGCGCAUCAGCUUUCCCGUGGAGUGGUAAUAUUUGGAAUUCGGAGCGUAAAGAUCCCCCAGCGCGGCUCAGUGAAGUCUUGCCUUCUCCGACAUCGACACUGCCCCCAGGUGGUGGCAACUCUUUUUUCAACACAGAGAUACAAACAUCUCCGGUUUCACGAGAUCCUGGGCCUAAUCCUCAGAUCCCGUUUGCUAUUCCGCUUCACCCCACUCCUAAAACGUAUCGAUCACAGUCGUAUUCUGUUGGGCAAAUGGAUCCUGAAAACGCUGCCGCACCACCUUCAAUGAGCUCCUCGGCCAUGAUGGGUCGUGCUCGUCACCACCCCGCACUGCAGCACCGACCCUCGCGCCCUAGUAUGUUGAGCGAGAUGGCAAACGACGGGUCGAUGCUUGGCAAGGUCAAGGAAGUGGAAGAUGACGAUGAUGAGAGCCCGAGUGAAUCAAUGCAGAGUUCCUUUCACCAGUCCUCUGAUGCGAAAACGAUUGAAAUGUUGGCGCGCGAAAACGCUAUGCUUCGUCAACAACAACAACAACAGCAGCAGCAGCAGCAAACGCAGUACAAUAAUGCACGCAUCAGACCCCGCGCAGUCACUGGAAAUUCAUACACUGGAAACGGCUAUUCUCUGCGGGAAACGGUCCCUGAAACAUCCGACUAUGCUAUUGAUGAGCUCGACGAGGCAAACGAGUCUGGCGAUAUGUUGGCCAAACGCGCAGCGAACAGGCGAAUGAGUGAACUUGGAGGUGGGUUCCGCUCGCCGUUUGGUGAUAACCGCAAGGCCGAAAACGCACACCUUAAGAAAGCAGCUCUCGGCUGGUCGAGCUCACUUGCCUUUUCUCCUUCUGACAUCUCUCAGAGCAGAAGACACUCUUUUGCUACACUCCCAACUCGUCAAGCCUCCAUCAGCUCUAUCCCUGAUUCCGCACUCGAACCUUCCGCACUCGACAUGCAGCAAUCUCAGGAUUACCCUCCGGGGUAUCCCGACCCCGCUUCGUUUGGAGGCGCUUCUCACGGUAUGGCAGAGCCCAAAACCACCGCAGCUCAUGUGCUAACAUAUAACCUAGCCAGCCAGUACUUUGGCGGAGGACCCAACAUGGGCGCCAACAUGGGGAGUGCGUACCAGACUGGUUAUGCCAGCCAGUACCCGUCUCCCUACGGUUUGCCCAACUCGUAUGGCAAUCGUGCGCCUUCUCCUCAUCGCAGUGUUUACAGCAUUGCACAACCCCGCCACAACCAGCUCCUUCACAUCGUUCUGUUCAAAUGCGCUCGGGCUGACGUGUUCUACAUUCAAGAGGGCACUGGUCUCACUGUCAAGCCUGGUGAUCUGGUGAUAGUAGAGGCUGAUCGCGGCACUGACCUGGGAACUGUCGCUAAGGACAACGUUGACUGGCAAGCCGCCAAGGACCUCAAGGAACACUACGCCGAAGAACAGUACAAGUGGCUCAUGAUGUACUCUCAAGGUGCCGCUGCCGCGCAGGAAGGAUCCAGCGCGGGUCUCCUUGCCUCUUCCACCGGUCUUCAAGGAAGCGCGGUUGGAGGCAUGGGACCUCCCAGCCAGCACCAUGCGCAGGAGCCCAACGCUGGCGAGCUGCGACCCAAGCUCAUCAAGCGUCUCGCCCAGAGCCAUGAGGUCCAUGCCUUGCGAGACAAGGAAGGUCAGGAGGCCAAGGCAAAGCGUGUUUGCAUGCAAAAGGUCAAGGAGCACGGCCUUAACAUGGAGAUCCUUGACGCUGAAUUCCAAAUGGACUGGAAGAAGUUGACUUUCUACUACUUUGCUGAUUCGUACAUCAACUUCAACUCCCUUGUCACCGAUCUUUUCAAGAUCUACAAGACGCGAAUCUGGAUGUCUGCUAUUAACCCCGCCUCAUUCGCUAGCCCUACUCUUGGUAUUCAAGCCCCCAGCGGCAUCGGUCCUGGUGCCGUGAACGCCAACCGUGGUGCGGGUGGUAAUGACCGACGCCAGAACCAGCAGGCUCAUGAACCUCACCAGGCACCCGCCUUCACUACUGGAGCCCGAGAUGGUCGAGGAUACCGCCCAGCUUUCAGUCAGCCAUUUGGCAACGAAAGCCGCCUUCAGCAGCAACAGCAGCAAGCGUCUGGGUACCCUCCAUCCAACUACCCUUCCUACCCACAGUUCGGUAGCCCUUUCACCAACCCUCGAACCAACGUUGGUUAUGGUCCUGGUGCUAUCGCUUCCCUUGAAGGAUAUCCUGGAGCAGCUGUUCCUCAGCUCGGAGAGUACCAGUCCAUGCGCCAGCGCUUCCCCAACCCUCAGUCGGGACCAAGCCCUGCGCCUCACUCUCAGGCUACCUCCCCUCUGGCUCCCCAGAACGACUGGGUGGGAGGAUUUCAGGGCCUCUCUCUCAACACUCACUAA